UGUAAAACAAAGCAUUAAGAUCGGAAACACUUUUUCUGAGUUGGACCCUCCUCUUGCCUUGCAUAUCACUCUUCAUAUAUACACACAGGCAUAAAGCAGGUGCUCAUUUCUGAUCCUAAACUUCUCUUCUAACCACAAAAAGCAACAAUAAUGGCUUCAAUUUCUUCAUCUUUUCCUCUUCCUUUAUUCUCAAGCGAAUCGUAACCCCAAACUCCUUCCUCGUCACUGCAAAAUCUCCAUCCUCCUUCUCCAAUCUGCCUACAAAGCCACUGCCUUCACCGGUGGCACUGUCUCUCCCAGGCGGGUCACCGGCGAAGAUUCCUUCCGUGCCUAGAAUUGAGCCUCCGCGUUUUCCCAAAGAGAUGCCGGUCGGUCCGAGCCAGGAUCCGGCAGAAACUGAUCCCGGAGUUCCGCCCGAGAUAAUUGCGGAUCCUCCUCCGACGAAUCCGGUGCCAAGUGAUCCGAAUCCGACACCGAAACUAGAGGGUCCGAAGCCUCCGCUGUCGCCGCCGGGGCCUGAAUUCCCUAUUCCCAAGCCUGAAGUUGUGCCGCCGCAGCCGCCUGAUGUUGUCCCGCCACGGCCGCAGGGACCGAAGAUCAUCCCACCACCUUCGAUCCCGCCGGAUAUUUCGCCGCCUCCGACCCCAGAAGGGCCUCAAAUAAUAGUGUAGGGAAGCAUAUUUAUGAAUUCUCCAAGCUUUGAAUCAUGUAUACUUUGUUUUUCCUUGGUUCUGGUGAUGGGGUAGCUAGAUUGCCAUAUCUUAAGAACAAAUUGCU